AUGUUUAAGGGCUCCCGUGGCGAUGGACGAUGCGUCGCUCGAGGAGGAGGAUCUGGCGAGGAGGCACAAGUUUGGAGACAUGUACUGGUUCCAUCCGUGAAGAAGUUUGUGCUCAAGAGGGAUGAUCGAGUUCCAGUGACUCGUACGGGCGAGGGUGUUUUCACGCUAGCGGGAUUCAGACCGACGAAGGUAUCAGCAGCAAAGCGAGCGCGAUUAGAUGGUGAGCGACGUGAAAGCCAUCCUGGCGAGAGAUCCUACGGCGAUACCUAUGGAGGGCUGUGGCUGCGAAACGUGAGAGCUUCCAGAGCUUAUCUCGGCGAGAAGAGGGACGUGACGCACGUCGAGUUCUUCGCGUUCAAUCACAGGGACUCUGCUCGUCCACAAGCGUACGAGGCGAUCAUGGAAGAACUGGAGCAAAUCCUCCUGUUCAAGUACGAUGGCAUGCCUCACCUCGGGAAGAACCGGCCUCACACUUUCAAGAACAUCGGAUCCAAGACGAGGAACCUCGCAAAGUUUCUCGAGGUGAGACGAAAGAUGGAUCCCGACGGCUGGUUUUCCAGCGAGUGGUCGGGGAUCCGAGGGAGUGUGGUGAGCUCCAGCGAUGGCUGCGCGCCCGGAGGGCUGUGUGUUUGCAGCGAAGAUCGCCACUGCGCUCCGGAGGAAGGAUAUCUGUGCAAGCCGGGGAUCGUCUACAAGGAAGCGCGCGUUUAUACGAAGACAAGCCACUCUACCGCGAAGUGA